AUGGCUGAGGCCUUGCCCUCAGAGCUGGGGAGAGAGGAAGCUGUGCCUUGCUCCAGUGUCCUGGAGCUGGAGGAGCUCUUGAGGGAGGGGAAGGUCUCCUGCAGCAGAGUGGAUGAAGUAUGGCCCAACCUUUUCAUCGGAGAUGUGGCCACAGCAAAUAACCGCUUUGAGCUGUGGAAGCUGGGCAUCACCCACGUGCUGAACGCUGCCCACGGGGGACUCUACAGCCAGGGGAGCCCUGACUACUACGGCACCAGUGUGAGCUACCUGGGGGUGCCAGCUCACGAUCUCCCCACCUUCAACAUCAGUGCCUACUUCUCUUCUGCUGCUGACUUCAUCCACCGUGCCCUCAGCACACCCGGGGCCAAGGUCCUGGUGCACUGUGUGGUGGGUGUGAGCCGCUCAGCCACGCUGGUCCUGGCCUACCUCAUGCAGCACCAUCAGCUGUCCCUGCGCCAGGCGGUGAGCACGGUGCGGCAACAUCGAUGGGUCUUCCCCAACCGAGGCUUCCUCCGCCAGCUUUGCCAGCUGGAUCAGCAACUGCGGGGCGCAGGCCAGAGCUGA